GCUACACUUUAUCAGUUCACUCGGUUUUCAUAAUACGUCUAUUUAACACAGCUUAAUCAGUUAAUCUGACUUUGUCCACCUAUUACUACCAAGCGUGCAAAUGCGCAUGAUUCUCGAGUUCUGAAGUGUAAACUCUGAGAGCAAUGCCUAUGUAUUGUAUAUAAAAAAGAUAUAAAUUUUACUUUGCCAUACACAAGCUUGCCGUUUUGCAAACAUGUCUGCCAGUUGAUUGAAUUUUAAUUAUUUUCUAGGAUAUUCACCAUGUAUAUCUCAGUGUUCGUUACCUUGGUCGUGUGGUCUUCACUCAGUUACAUGUGGUUGAGCGCAUCAGCUGAAUUGGAGGUAAGUUAUUUCACACUCAGUAACUUCUAGACGAAAGGCCUUCGCUCGAAACAUCGACAUUUUGCUUGUAUUUUUCAGGUAAUUGAAUCACUCUCCAUCCGUAGUUUUCUCAUGUUAUUCUAUACUGACUUGAACCCAGGCCAGACAAAAUAUUGGUACUCACAGUCACAAAUUACUCUUUUCAAAGACUUAUGCAUCUUAUAAAGCAUUGGCUAUGAUGCUUAUGAUAUAGCUGAAAUAUACACACGUAUUAUAUUGCAGUCAAUUAUACGUAGUGGAUAUACUUUUCUAGAAAGUCAGUCUUCGGGGUUAUGAUCCUGGAAAAUGUAAUAAAACGAAUCAUGGCAAGUUAAUCAUGGUGAAAAAUCGGGUGGACAAUGACAAACUUUUGGUUUGUGCUGAAGAAAAUAAAGUUUAUGUCUGGAAAGCAACUGAUGGUAAGGUGUCAUAUUGCAUUAAUGUCACGGCAAGCUGACACACUUAUCAAUACUGUUUAUUGCAUUUUUUUUUACCAUUAUAGCCUUGUUUCCAUGUUUGCUUGUUUUAGUAUGACAGGCGAACAUGAAGGUUAUAUCCUCAUGUUUCUUCGUGCAAGAAUAUGUUUCUCUUUGAUCUUGAGCCCAAUCAAAAACCUAUCCUUAACCCUAUUAAUUGUGCACGAAACAUGAGAAAAUAGCAACAUGAAAACGAAGCCAUUGGGGAAAGAGUGCAAUAAGGGACCGGUCAUAAAGUAACUGCUAUGGUGGGCUGGAGUAAUUUGGGAUGGGCCAUGGAAAGUUUUUCGGCAGUUUCGAUCGGCCGUCAAUAUUUUUGGUAUGUCCACGGUUGGGCCACCAUGUUAAUUAUAUAUUACACAAAGAUAUUAGUAAUAAAAGUAAACAAAACUAUCCAAAUUAUCAAAUGCAAAUGAUGCUAUUGAAGCCAGUACUUUGUUUUAUACAACAAGAAGAAGUUGUUCGAAUCACAGCAAAUACAACCAGCUGGAGAGCAGCUCAGUAUCGUAAUUGGUGAUGAAUGUGUUGGUCAAGCUUGAGCUUGGUGGAAUUACGUAUGUCAAUACAGUGCCGGUGUAUAUUUACAAUGUUCAUACCUGCAAGUUUUUUUUAUUAUAAAAUUGUAUUUUCCCAAUUUAGAUUGGGUAGGUGGGUCAUUAAAUAAAUUUGGUAAGAUUAGAUGGGCUUUGAAAUUUUUAUCUACAUCCUAAGAUGGGUCACCAAACUUAUUGGCAAAAUUUGUGAUUUACCUCCAGCCCACCCUAUGACCCUAGCAGUUACUUUAUGACCAGUCCCUAAAUAGUACACAGUCGUCUAUUCACAAACUAAUCAUGAUUUUGCGUACGAAUUUUUACAAGGUUCCAACCCAACAGGAGAGUAUUUCAAUCCUGCAUAUGACUGUUCAGAUGCUCUCAACAAAAUCUCUGGGGCAAAGGAUGGGUUUUAUUGGAUCAAAUUAUCUGGAAAUGUUCCAAAAAAGGUACUGCUAUAUAUCAGCCCUGCUUCCUGCAGUUUAUGAUCAUGAUAAAGUUUACGACUAUGCUCUACAACACUUUUUGUUCUAGGCGUAUUGUGACAUGAGCACUGACGGAGGAGGGUGGGUGUUGAUUGGUCGUAAAACAAACGCGGUCACGUGGACAGUACCAUCCAAUAACAAGACAGUUGAACCAUUUGGCAAACCUCAUUGGUCCAGCUCGCUUGGUGAUGCUCCAAUCGUCGAUUUCCGAGUUCAAGUGGCAACGCAAGAAGAUUUCAAUGCAACAAAAGCUCAUUGGUGA